AUGCAGCAGAACUCAAGAGGCGCCACCGAGCAGCGGAGUGGUAAGCGCAAGUCUGCUGGUAAGAGGAAGCACACCGAGCGUGAGGAAUCAUCACAGCAGCCCCAACAACAGCAAGCGACCCUUUCGACCCUGUUUAACAGGAACCAAGCACACGACGAAUCCCCUAGCAAGCGUGCGCGAGUAUCUCCUCCUCCUCUUCCGUCGCUCCCAUCGAAUCAACCUGGCUCCGGCGAUAUGUACAGUUUCUCGAGUACCGGAUCGAAGCCGAGUGGUCCCGCCGGCGGGCGUCCGCUACACUCGAAUCCGACCCUCCAAGCUCGCACUGGGAAUGCAUCGUCGCAGCAGAGCAAUUUCACGCCGCAUACCGGGGCUAAGAGGCUGGUUGUGAAGAAUCUUCGGACGGGAAACCGCUUGAAUCAAGAUUCGUAUUUUGAUAAGGUUUGGGGCCAGUUGGAUGCGGCGCUGUCGGCUAUCUUCGGCGGUGGGAAGCCGGAGAUUUCGAUCGAGGAACUCUACAAAGGGGCGGAGAAUGUCUGUCGCCAAGGUCGCGCUGCGGUGCUAUCUAAGCGACUUCAAGGGCGAUGUCGCGAGCACGUUGCUGGGAGCCUGCGCGAGGCCCUGGUCGAAAAAGCCCAGAUCGGGUCAAAUAUUGACACACUGCGGGCUGUAGUUGAUGCUUGGAAAGUCUGGCAGUCAAUGCUGGUCACCGUUCGUUGGAUCUUCUAUUACCUCGAUCAAUCCUUCCUCCUCCAUUCCAAGGAACAUCCCGUGAUUCGCGAAAUGGGCUUAAUACAGUUUAGACAGCACGUAUACGCUGACUCUACAUUGCAACCGAGGAUUCUCCACGGUGCCUGUGAUCUUGUUGCGGCCGACCGCAACCAGGAACACAGCAGCGUCGCGGACUCUAGUCUCCUCCGAAAUGCCAUUGAACUAUUCCAUGGUCUAGACGUUUAUACAUCUGGCUUCGAGCCCGGCCUUGUCACAGCUUCGAAUGUUUUCUUCACAUUAUGGUCUCAGCAAGAGGCGUCUGGAUACUUAGCGUCUUAUGUUGAUAAUAGCCAUCGCCUCAUCGAGCGCGAGGUCAAUCGAUGUGAGCAGUUUUCGUUCAACCGGACCACAAAACAGAAACUGUCGGAACUGCUAGAUCAGACCCUAGUAACAGACCAGGAGGAUGUUUUGUUGAACCAAAAGGAUGUCCUGGGUCUGCUGCGGACGGGAAACAAAGUCGCUUUAGGGCAGCUGUACACGCUUCUUGAGCGCAAGGAGCUCGGGGUCAAACUGAAAGGUGCCUUCAGCACAUAUAUCGGAGAAGAAGGUUCAAAUAUCGUUUUUGACGAGGAGAAGGAGGCGGAAAUGGUUGCCCGUCUACUGGAUUUCAAGAAACAACUUGAUGAUAUUUGGAACGAGUCAUUUCAUCGGAAUGAGGAUAUCGGCCACGCCCUUCGCGAAGCCUUUGAAGGUUUCAUGAACAAGGGCCGAAAAUCCGAGUCUACAGGUGGUACCGACAAUCCCAAGACUGGAGAGAUGAUCGCCAAAUACGUUGACAGGCUUCUCCGGGGCGGAUGGAGACUGGCACCCACGCGGGAGGCGGAGAAUAUGCCCCUCACCGACGAGGACGCGGAGAUCAAUCGACAACUAGAUCAAGUAUUGGACCUCUUCCGGUUUGUUCACGGUAAGGCGGUAUUCGAAGCUUUCUACAAGAACGACCUCGCACGUCGUCUGUUAAUGGGUAGAAGUGCAAGUGAUGAUGCAGAGAAGAGCAUGCUGGCCAGGCUUAAGACAGAAUGUGGAUCAAGCUUCACACAUAACCUCGAAUCCAUGUUCAAGGAUAUGGAAGUUGCUCGUGAUGAAAUGGGUGCAUAUAGUUCUAUCCAGCGUGAACGACGGACCCCACUCCCCGUGGAUCUCCACGUCAAUGUCUUAUCAGCAUCUGCAUGGCCUACAUAUCCUGACGUCCAAGUACGCAUACCACAAGAGAUCUCCAUUGCGAUUGACGACUUCCAAAAAUUUUACGACACCAAGUAUAAUGGUCGAAAGCUCCAGUGGAAGCACCAACUAGCACACUGCCAAAUUCGCGCGCGGUUCCCGAAGGGAGAUAAGGAACUAGUCGUCAGUUCAUUCCAGGCGAUUGUCCUUCUCCUGUUCAACGAUCUCCCGGAGGGCGGUUCUCUCAACUAUCGCCAAAUUCAGGAUGCUACCAGUCUCUCCGACAAAGAACUAAAACGAACCCUCCAAUCCCUCGCCUGCGCCAAAUACCGCGUCCUCACCAAGAAACCCAAGGGCCGCGACGUCAACGAGACCGACGAAUUCGCAUACAACCACACCUUCACCGACCAGAAGAUGCGCAUCAAGAUCAACCAGAUCCAGCUCAAGGAGACGAAGGAGGAGAACAAGACGACGCACGAGCGUGUUGCCGCAGAUCGCCACUACGAGACGCAGGCGGCGAUUGUGCGCAUCAUGAAGAGUCGCAAGACCAUUAGCCACGCGGAACUUGUCUCGGAGGUUAUCAGUGCGACGAAGAGUCGUGGGGAGCUUGAUGUUACAGACAUCAAAAAGAAUAUUGAGAAGCUAAUUGAGAAGGACUAUAUGGAGCGCGAGGGGCAAACACGCUAUGUAUAUGUCGCCUAA